CCUCAAGAAAUAUGUGUAUAAAUUUGGCCAUUUAACUUUAAGGCUGCAUGAAAUUAGUGUAACAUCCCCUACAUCUGGUACCCUCCCGCUGACUGUCAACAUGUUCAACAAGCCAUUCAAGGUUAAAUCCCAGACACAGUUGAAGGGCUCAGAUAGGAAAAAGGUACGUGCUGAGCUAGCACAGACCUUUCCAUUAUUAACGUCUGAGGAUUUAACGAAGCUCAUACCUAACAAAGAAGAUGUUACACUCACUAAAAUGCAUUGCUACAAGGGAGAAAAUGUCUAUGUUUAUAUGGUUCAAAAAGACCCAGCGUUUUUCAAUGUUGAGAAAGAGAAGAUGAUUUAUCCUACAGUUUAUACCUUAUGGAAAUAUCCUAAUUUGAUGCAUACAUUUACUACUCACACUCAUGUAAUUGAUGUUUUACUUGGUGGCGCAGAUCUGAUGUUGCCUGGUAUUAUUACAAGAGGAGAGAUGUCCCCUCGGUCAUAUGGAAAAUUUGAAAAAGGAUUCCCUGUAGCAGUUAAUACAGUAGACAACAAGGCUCCAUGUGCUGUUGGCGCCACAGCACAUAGUUCAAUGGACAUGUUUAUGGCAGCUCGUCAGGGGAAGGGAGUUAACAUCCUACAUGUUUUUAAGGAUAACUUAUGGGCUAUGGGCUCAAAAAGUUUACCACCCUCUUUAGGAAUACCAGAUAUUAUGGUAGAGCAUAAAGUUAUCAAAGAAGAAAGGCUAGAUGAUGAUAAGAAAUUGAGUAGUGAAUCCAAGAAUUCUGAAGUGGCUGGAGAACCUGUAGAAAAAAUUGUUGAUGAAGUUAAAGAUUUAAAUAUUGAUGAAGUGGCUGGUGACAAAAGUGAGAUGGCUCCUGAUGAUGACACAGCACAAGAGGAGAUUCCACAAGCAAGUGGUCCAGAAGCCAUGGAUAAGCUGUUGUUACACUGUUUCUUAAAGGCAUGGAAGACAUCAGCAAAAAAAGUAGAGAUUCCAAUUUUAACUAGCAAUUUCUACCGUCUUCAUAUGGUACCUGGGUGUCCUGAUGGAUCAUCUUUAGACAUUAAAAAGUCAUCGUAUAAAAAACUAUCAAAGUUCCUAAAUGCAAUGGCCAAGAACAACCUAAUUUCAGUGAAAGAAUUUCCAAAGGGCAUUGAAAAUAUCACUUUUGUUAACUGGGAACAUGAAGACAUCAAAAGCUUUGUUGUUGACAAGGAGGAGACAACAGUAAAACCUGCUACAAAAACUGAGAAUGCAUUUUCCCCUCCAGUUAUGGAAGAAGUCCAUCAGGUUUCUGGAGAAACUGUAUCAUUUUACAGAGCCAAUGGCUACAGUAAAGGUGAUGUUUUGAGUACAGCAGAUGUGAGAAGAGUGGUUACAGAUUACAUAAGGAAAAAUAAUUUGCAAAAGGAAGGUGACAAAAAUGUUACUCUUAACCCUUUGCUACAUGAAGCAGUUGUUAACAAGAAAGAGGGUUAUAAAGAAACUUUGCGGUGGGAUGAGGUAUUCUCCCGGAUGUUAGGAAAGAUGUCUCCAGCAGUGAGGAUCACUAGAGAAGGGGCUGUUCCCAUUGUUAGAAAAGGAAAAUUGGAUCCAAUAGAAAUUGUGGUUGCUAAAAGAACUGGCAAUAAAAAGGUUACUUUAGUAUAUAAUGCUAAUAUGUUUGGUAUUGAUGAAAAUGAGUUUGCUCAUCAAAUACAAGUCGGUGUGGCUGCAAGCACUAGUGUGGGACCAGCUGAAAAUAAGCCUCAAGGCAUGACCCAAGUGCUUAUUCAGGGAAAUCAAGUGGCCUUCAUUGCAAAACUACUCUUGGAAACGUACAAGAUUCAAAGAAAGUACAUUCGAGGUCUAGAACUGGCACAAAAGAAGAAGAAAUAAAUAUGAUUUUUGUAAGUCAAGGCUGAUAUUCGUACUGUCUUUGGUACUGACUACCUGUGCUAAAUAAAAUGUCAUCAGAUAUUUAGUUAUAUCCAAAAAUCUUUUCUGCUAUAUAAUGCAGAAAGUUUUUGUAAAAAGUACUGGAGUAAAAAAUAAACAUGCGAAAUAUA